AUGCGCACCGCCGCGCCGCUGCUGUUGCUGCUGCUAGCAGCCGCACGCGCUGCCGAAAACAUCACCGACACCACGACACGCGACCAGAAAGAGCUUGACGAUAUAUUCGACACAGUUCCAAUCGCAAAUGGCACUGCUCUGGAUGAUGCGACCAACACCACAUUGGAUUCAGAUGACGAACACGAACCUAUAGUAAGAAAGAAGCGCACAUUCGGAGAUAUAGUGUUUAGAGGAUUAGCUGACGUGCUCGGGUACAAUGUUCAGAGGAAGCAACAACAGGCUGCGUUUCCACCUCCGCUAGCUCCUGUUCCUGGGAUAGAUUUGCCCUUGCAGGCUGCACCGGCCCCCGCGCCUGCUCCAGCUCCUGCCGCUGUACCUCCUUGCGGAGCACCACGAGCCGCUACGCCACCGCCCUGCAGACCUCCAAGGCCUCCACCACCAAAACCGACGCCGCCACCGUGCCCUCGUCCACGAGCAGCUCCAAAACCCAAACCACGGCCCCCACCACCUCCUCCUCCACCGCCUCCACCACCACCGCCAUGUCCUAGACCUAAAGCGAACCCAACUACACCUGCCCCAUGUGCGCCCCCGCCUCCUCCUAAACAACAAGCUGAUCCGAGCCUUGAAACUAUAUCUUCCCGAUUCCAAUUAAGUUUUAAUUUUGAGCGAAGUACUCCGGCACCAGCAGCACAAGAAGCAGAGGUUGCUGAUGACCAAUUUUUGGUCGCACCGAUUGCGAUAGAACCACGAGCAGCAAGAUUACCACCAGCACAGCAACGUGAACCGCGAGUGUUUGUCGACGCGUUUGUAUUAAGAAAUGGUGAAAAACGUAGAGUUAGUACGGUUGAUGCGAAGGUGCUUGAUCCGCAACGGGCAUCAGAUGAAGAUGAUUAUUUAGGCGAUUAUGAAGAAGAAGCUCCGCAAAACGAAGAUGAUGAUUAUGAGGAUGUGCAAGAAUCCCGGGAUGAAGCGGUGAAACAGUUUGGAAAAGCUGUAAAUAAAUUCUGGGAAAAGAAAAAAAAACCAUCUAAUGACUACCAACUUCCUGAAGAUCAUUAUCAAAAGGUUCAUUUUGGUGACCGUAAAUUGACCAAUCAAAUUCGACGAUCUGGCGGUCGAGACUCACAUCAAAGUCUGCAACGUGGUAAUGAUAAUAAUCCAAAUACUAUUCAUAUACCACUGCCUAAUAGUGACGAUGAAGAUGCGGAAGUAACAACAACGACAGAAGAUCCCCGACGCCCACUACGUCCACGAGUUCUCCCACCAACUGAAAAUAAUCCUGGACAAAUAGAUACAGUGACAGUGCGAGUGCCACCAAUAUAUAAGGAAAAGCGUCCAAAAAAAUUACACCGAGAACGUCCAGAAAGACCCGAUAGAGACGAAAAUGACAGUCGCGAGGCUGUUGAUGAAGAGCACAAUCAGGGUUAUAGUGAAAUUGACACGUAUGGAGAAGAUUCUAGGCUUGCUUCCCGAUCUGAAGCUCCCAUUAGAAGAAGGCGUAGACGCAAACAAAAUCGCAAAACUCGUUCCGCUGAAGAAACGGAGGUAUCCGACGACGUGGACGUGUUUGCUCUGGGCGAUUACGACUAUUUUGGAAAAAAACUGCCCAUAACCAAAGAAGAAGAGUAUUUUAGAGGUUUGACUAUUCCGCCACCUACAAAAGAUCCGGAUAUUGCUCGGAUAGAAGGAGAAAGUGCUAAAGAAGCCAAUGGACAUUUUUUAAAUGAUCAUGAGCGUCUUCGUGAAGAUCCUGAGAGGAUAGAUAAUUCCGAGCGUUUAACAGACUCGGGAAGGGCUGAUGACUCUGGAAGAACGGACGACUCAGGAAAGAUAGAAUCAGAUGAGCGUCCUAUCAAAGAUAGUGAAAGUAACGAUAAGGAUCGUGCCGAUUCCAGCGAAAGGACAGACAGACUAAGCCCCAAUGCUAAAGUUCAUGAAACAGGUUACAGUAAUAACUACGUACAUGCUAAAAAUGUGCAGGUAGAUGAUUCACGGCCCCGUAAAAUAAUAUCAUGA